AUGGGCGAUCAGCCAUUCAUUCCACCACCGCAGCAAACGGCGCUGACGGUGAAUGACCAUGAUGAAGUCACCGUCUGGAAUGCCGCUCCCUGCCCCAUUCUGCCCCGCGACCAGGUAUACGUCCGCGUCGAGGCCGUGGCGAUCAAUCCCAGUGACACGAAGAUGCGCGGACAGUUUGCCACGCCCUGGGCGUUUCUCGGAACGGACUAUGCCGGCACGGUCGUCGCAGUGGGUUCGGACGUGACUCAUAUCCAAGUGGGUGACCGGGUCUACGGGGCACAGAACGAGAUGUGCCCACGCACUCCGGAUCAGGGGGCAUUCUCGCAGUACACGGUCACGCGAGGCCGUGUUUGGGCCAAGAUCCCCAAAGGCUUGUCGUUCGAGCAGGCUGCCGCGCUACCUGCGGGCAUCAGUACCGCUGGGUUGGCCAUGAAGUUGCUUGGGCUGCCCUUGCCAUCGCCUUCGGCAGACCAGCCACCGGCCCACUCCAAGCCGGUGUAUGUGUUGGUCUAUGGGGGCAGUACGGCCACUGCCACUGUCACUAUGCAAAUGCUACGCCUGUCCGGAUACAUUCCAAUUGCAACAUGCUCCCCCCACAAUUUCGACCUGGCCAAGUCGCGCGGCGCAGAGGAGGUCUUUGACUAUCGGGCCCCGAAUCUCGCGCAGACGAUUCGUACCUACACCAAGAACAAUCUCCGCUAUUCCCUCGACUGUAUCACCAACGUCGAGUCCACCACGUUCUGCUUCGCAGCCAUCGGCCGCGCGGGGGGCCACUACGUCUCCCUGAACCCGUUCCCUGAACACGCGGCCACGCGUAAGAUGGUCACGACCGACUGGACCCUGGGGCCGACCAUCUUUGGCGAGGGAUCCACCUGGCCCGCCCCCUAUGGGCGUCCCGGCAGUGAGGAAGAGCGGCAGUUCGGCGAGGAUCUGUGGCGCAUCGCGGGACAGCUCGUCGAAGAUGGACGCCUCGCCCAUCAUCCGCUGCGCGUGGUGCAGGGCGGCUUCGAUCAGAUUAAGCAAGGCAUGGAGCUCGUCCGGAAGGGAGAGCUGUCGGGGGAAAAACUCGUGGUUCGGCUGGAGGGGCCGUAA